AAUUAGUAUAAGAAUGCCUGAGGUUAAUAAAUAGACUGUUUUUUAUAUCUUAGCAUAUUAAGAUACUUAUUUCAAAGAGUUGAUAGCCAAUUGGUAAAUAAAACUUACAAGUUUAGCUGGGUAUUUUUAUUCAUUAUAUACUUUAUAUUAGUAUUGGAAUUGAAGUACCUUUAGGCCAAGUUCAAAACACAAAAUUAACUGUUCAUGUUGAAAUUUCUAGAUAGGUAAGAUUUUAUUCUUCUCAUCCUAUAUGUGUGUGGUUCCCUUAACCAUAUGACUAAUUGGUCAAUUUAUUACCAGGAAAAAUCAACAUUGCUAAUUUAUGUGUGAGAUUAUUCACUGAAUAGAUUCAUAAGGUUAUGGUGACUUGUGUUGAUGAAUAAAAUCAUGAAUUAGUCAGAGGAUGGAUUUUGAACAUUUCACCAACAGUUCCUCCUAUUAGUUAGGUCUUUGAUAUCUAAGCUGCAAGGGAUUAAAUGAAAACUUACAUUGUUAAAUACGCUAACAAAUAAAAUAAUGAAGUCCUCUUAAUUUUUAAAUCCUCCAAUACCUAAAUCUUAAAAGUAAUUAUUGAUCUAUCCCCUAGCUUGUUGAAACAAGAUAUCUAUUCAAAGCACAAUAGAUCUAAGAUAUCACAUUAUAAAUUCAUAGAGUUGGAGAAAUGGAAAAAGCUGAAGUUAAAGUGUUUAUUGGUGAUGAAGAUAGAUCAAGAGACACAUUUGAUUGUUUGUUAUUUAGAAUCACUUAUAUUUGA